CGGCAGCCUGGCCUCUCCCCCUGCACAAACACAUUCCUGCACAGCGGCUGGGCUGCAGGGAGCCCAAGGCCACGUCAGCUCGCCGCUCUGCUCCACGCUGCCUGCCUGCAGGUGAAGACCUCCUGGGCACCGACCCGCAGGGCUGCAACGGAGGGAGCUGCGGGGUCAUGGAAGAUGUAGGGGCUGCACUGCCCUGUCCUGAAGGGAUUCACACUUCAUGAGGAAGAAAUGUCGCUGAGUCUGGAGUGAGAGCUUUAAUAGACAUCACUGGAACAGCAGAGGAGAGGUUUUGGCAGAUGAGCAGCUUGCUCAGUGGCUGCGCAGCAUUGGGGCAGUAUGGACAGCUGCACCUCUGGGUCUGCUGGGAAAGAAGGUCCAUUCUUGGCUGUGGGGACACAGCACCUGUGGCUUUGGGCGGUGGGGCCGGUCUGCCCAGAGGAGUCCUUUGGGAUAGAGGUUGCCCCAGCUCCUUCCCCUCUUACAGCCCUUUCCCUCCUUGCCUGGAUUCGCCCUCCUGUCUUCACAACGCUUGCACAGAUUGAAGGCACCUGGAACGCCUCUCUCCCAGUGCCAAACUGGGCAGCACCAGCGCUGUGAUUCGGCAGCCAGCAGAACCUCCCGCAGGCUGAUGGAGAUGUGGCCAUGCAGGUGUGGGUGUGUGCAUGGAGCCCUCCAGUUGCACAGACCCUACUGAAGAUGGGAACAGAUCCGUGCAGCAGGGACUGCGUAACAGAGCACCAGGGAGGUGCCGGAGCUGAGCCACAUCCCGGUUCCAUGAUUGCCUGGCACUGCGUUCACCCUCCCCAGGGCUCUGGCACUCCCCCAGUUGCAAAUGGGUGUAAGGGGGGGGACAGAGUAGGGCCCCACUUACCCACACCAUGGGGACACAGGGUGCUGGGGAGGGCAGGACAGGGGCACGGGGCAGUGGGUGAUGCCGAGGGGGGUGAUGCAGGGGCACGGCUGCGUGCAGCGAGGGGAGCCCGGGGGGGGCCAUGGCCCGGCGGUCUCCAGGCAGUGUCCGAGCCCCGCUCGCAGCCGGGAUGGCAGCGCUGUGUUUGCGAAGAGUUAAGGAGGCGGAAGAGGCAGGAAGCGGCCCGAGCCUCUCUCCAUAGAAACCCGCGGCCGUGAUUAAAGUCUGAUGCGGGCCCGAUAGCGGGCUGGGGGUGGGGGGGGGCAGCGCCCGCUUUAAUUACAGCGGAGGAAAUUGCUGGAGCCGGGGCCCCGAGCCCCUGCGAGUUGCCUGGAAACUCCCCCUCCUCCCCGCCUCCCUCGGCCCCUGCCCGUCCCCUGCCCGUCCCGCUGCCAUUUAUUCGCCAUCAGCUGCUCCCUGAUAAAGUGGAAUAAUAAUAAUAAUAAUAGGGGCAGGAAUAUUAAAACAUGCAGCCCGCGGGCCGCCCCCACAGCUGCCAUGAGACACGGCGCCGGAGCGGUGCCACUGCUGCUCAACAUGUACCUGCCAGAUCCAGUGGGGGAAACUUUGUUCAAAGACGGCAAGAGCCAGGCAUGGGGAUCCCUCAACCCGGGUGUGCAGAAAGGCAGCGGGCAGAUCCAGCUGUGGCAAUUCCUGCUGGAGCUGCUCUCGGACCGGGCCAACCUUAACUGCAUUGCCUGGGAGGGCACCAAUGGCGAGUUCAAGCUGAUCGACCCCGAUGAGGUGGCGCGGCGCUGGGGCGAGCGGAAGAGCAAGCCCAACAUGAAUUAUGACAAGCUGAGCCGGGCGCUGCGCUACUACUACGACAAGAACAUCAUGACCAAGGUGCACGGCAAGCGCUACGCCUACAAGUUCGACUUCCACGGGCUGGCGCAGGUCUGCCAGCCGGCUGCUCCUGAUCACACCCUCUACAAAUUCCAGGGCAAUCUGGCCCCGCUGCCCUUCUCGGGCAUCUCCAAACUCAACCUCAUGACCUCUGGGGUGACGCCGGCUGGUUUCUCCUACUGGCCCAGCUCCAGCCCAUCCCUCUACCCCGGGCACAGCCUCCAGCCCUCGGCCCCGUUCAGUGCCAUGGCAGCCUCCCACCUCAACAACAUGAACAACCACUACCAUUAAGGCUUGGCAGAUCCAUCCUGUUUGUGGGGGGCUGGGGAGCUUGGCGGGGAGGGGUGGGAGGUGGGAUGCUGCCCUGCUCCAGCUGCCCCGGUGAGGUUUGGAGAGUGGUGGUUCCCUGGCAUGGGUGGCUGGAGGGCAGAAGGCAUCUAUCUUCAUUUACGUUGAGGAGGGAUCUUCCAUUGAGGGAAUGCACAGGGAUGCCUAAAGCGGAGGUGAAUGGGAGAAGAAACCAUGCCCCACCCCACAAACCCCUCUCAUGCUCAGCUCAGCCUCCACCCCUCCCAUCUCUCCACAGAGAGGAGUCAGGUGCUGGAGACCCAGGAAAGCCUUGCCCAGGGGUGAGGCGUCCUCCUUGCAGCUCCUUGCUCCCCAUCCUCAUCCUUACCUCCAGGGAACAAGGCUGGGUAAAGCAGGAGCAACAGCAAGGCCGGGAGCCCAGGGCACCAAGGGGCAGGCCUGGUGUCCAAGGAAGUGCCCUGACCCUCCAGAGCAGGACUUUGACCCAGUGGAUGGAGAGGUGCUGGGUUCUGCCAGCCAGGGAGGGAUUUGCCUUCAAUAAAAUGGAGAGGUGCUGUGA